GAACCAGUUCAGUUCAGUUGUUGGCGCGAACCGGGCAACAGCAGCGCCGCGGGUCGCCUUUAAUCUAAAGAAAAUCACGUAAAAAUUACGCGCGGUCUCUAUAAUGGCAUCGUUGCCACAAUUUUCGGUUAUUCUAGUAGUGUUGUUGUGCGGUGCAGGGGCUAAAAAUUUGGAUAAUGGAAAAUUCAGGAGGGAUUUGGAUCAGAAAAUGUCGUGCGAUGCGCUCGUGCCGUUUUUUCACUCGAAAAAUAUUACGGUGCCGAGGCUCAAUGAAAAUAAAGGAGCCCUGUGCAACGGCCACUGUUGCGACAGGGCAACCGAACUUUUGCUGAAAGACCAAGGAAAACGUGACUUUGCGACUUUGCUCCGUCACAAUUCGCGAUCACUCCUAGGACCGAUAAAUCGGACAUCGGCUGUUAUACAAAAUCACGUGUGGGACUUGGCCAACCAAUCGGAAAACAAAACUUUGGUGCUAUUUUCGCAAGUCUACCAAAGCAUGUCGGUGCUGUCGCGGCAACCCAUAGAAAUCCUCUACCGUGACAUUCGGAACUACAUAAAAAUCGAUUUACGGCCCGCAAAAACCCCUGAUGACAUUGUCAAAAGUGUAGAAAACUUCUUUACCGACUUAUUCCCGUUGACGUACCACCAACAAACCAACCACCCGGGUGAUUUUACUGUCAAAUACAAACAGUGUUUAAAAGACAAUAUGGAUGUUAUAGUCCCAUUUGGUGACUAUCCAAAAGAAGUGGCAACAUCGCUGUCAAAAAGCCUUGAAGCCGCAAGAUUACUACUACAAGCUUUUAGCAUUGGAAUCGAAGUACUAAACACUACUGACUCAUUGAUUAUAGACGAACGCAGCGCCAAUAGUGCCGAAUGUCAUGCGGCCCUUUUCAAAAUGACAUACUGUCCGAAAUGUUUGGGCCUAACCAAAAAUAGUAGGCCGUGUUCGGGUUAUUGUCUAAAUGUGUUGCGCGGUUGCAUAAGCAAAUACGUGGCGGAAUUGGAUUCGCCGUGGAACAGUUACGUGGAAGGUGUUGAAGUUUUGGUGAACGCGAUUAAAAGGAAUGAGGCUGGUGCUAAUGUCGAUACGGCCAUUAGGAAUUUGGAUGGGCAGAUAUCGUCGGCCAUUAUGUAUUGUAUGGAGAAGAUCAAGGAUAUUGAUAAGAGGGUCAAAAUGAGCUGCAAAAUCCCCGAAUUCUCGCCCCGAAUCGAAUCGCUGACGUCAGAGAGCAGCACUCUCGCCACAGCAAUAGCGAAAUCCCGUCAACCCAGCUCAAAGUCAUUUCCGCACUUUCCUGAUGCCCACAUGUCAUCUUUUUUAUCCACCAUUACGAAAACUAAAGGAUUUUACGGUGAUCUUGCUGACAAUUUAUGUGGUGACGAAUCAUUUGCUGAACAAAAGGACAAAAAGUGCUGGAAUGGCGAACGAGUUGCUGACUACUCAAAAACUGUUGUCGCUGUACAAUUGGAUGCCCAAAAAUACAAUCCUGAAGUAAAAUCCAGUCCCAACUUGCAACAAGUGGACACCAGAGUUGCUACUCUAGUGGACAAACUUAGACAAGUACAUAAGGUUGCCAUCAGCUCACUUGGUCCAAACUAUUCGGAAAGUGACUAUAUGCAACGAGACGGAGUAGAUGGAUCCGGCUCUGGAAACGGGCCAGAUUUUGAAGGAGAUGACGAUGAGUUUUCGCGCGGAUCCGGUUCUGGAAACGGACCAACGGAAACUGAUGAAGAACCGUCAGUGUACAAAGUCGACAAAACCGAAGUCCGAGUGACGCAAUCGAACACGCCCACAGUCUACCAGGCGUCGCGAAGUUGUCAACUAGCUCCCUCUACAAUUUUGACGUUAAUUGUUUUGACAGUUAUGAGAAUUUAAGACUUAUGUACAGAAAGUAUCGUUUGUUAAAGCUUGAUUCUAGCUAUAAAAACUUGUUUUUUGGGAUGAAUGUUUACCUGAUGUUGUGGCAAUACAAUGUUGCCACACUUGUUUCAUUUUUUGAAGGCAAUAAAAGAAACAUAUCAGUGUGUGUAUGUGUGUAUGAGUGAGAUGUAGAUAUUUUUACAUUUUUUUAAAUUAUUUUUGAGAAUAUUGUCUGUGAUUAAAUCAAUGUUUAUUGUUUAAAUAAUUGAUAAUUAGGCAUUAGCUGACGUCACACAUAAUAAAAAUGUCAUGUGUGUGACGUCAGCUAGUGCCCAAUUGAAUAAAGUCUUCUAAAUUAUAUUUAAAUUGUUAAUAUUAUAUUAUUUAUAUUAUAUAACAGAUCCAAUAUGGUGGUUAAUAACUGGCGACGUUGCCAAAUCAAGGCAAACAAAGAAAACGUAGAUUUUUUUUUUUUUUUUUUCAAAAUACAUAGACUAUUGUAUUUUUGUGAUAAUUUUUUGCCAUAUAUAUAUUUUUGAAGUGACAACAUUUUUUCGAUAAUACACUGUUGCCAAAUUAUUCAAAUUGUCACUUUAAUAUUUGUGUAUAAAUAAUUUUAAGGUUUCGUUGCACUUUUUCUGUUGCAGGGUUGCCACAUCUUGCAACAGAAAAAGUGUAAUGCUUUUUUUUAGGUUAAAAACAUUUUAUCUUUACUGUGUAAAUUCAUAUACUUACAGCCUUAUUUUGGUUUAAUUAUUUAAACCAAAAAAUUUCACAUAACCCUACUUUUUUUGUAUAAUAAAUAAAUAAAUAAAUAAUUAAUGUUAACUUAUUAUUAUAAAUAAAUAAAUAGAAUUAUCUUAGUUAUUAUAUCUAUAAAUAAAUGUCAAUGAUGUAUACAAACUUUGUAGAUAUAUUUUGGUGUAAUUUUGCGACCCAGUCGGAUUACAUAUAGACGUGGCAACACUGUUGCCACAAAUUAAAGCAAUAAUUUUAUUGUUGUUGAAACUGUCUCUAUUUUUGGGCAUUACACUGUUGCAAAAUUUCUUUUUUCAUACACUGUAAAUGUCUGUAAUAUCUACUUAAUGACGCUUUAUUAUUAAUACAUUAUUUUUACGCUUUAUUUUAUACUGCAGUGUAAUUUUUCUUGUAGAAAUAAAAAAAAUAAAUCUUUUUCUAACAAAAA